CUGUCCUAAUAAGUGUGAGCGAGAGAGAAAUGUCAGGGCUAUAGAGCGAAGAUGCGCUUAGUAACGCAACGCAAUCGCAGAGGACGUGUCGAUAGCAACAUACGGCUAUAAAAUAAUAUUUUUUAUCGCGAAAAUCUCGAAACUAACGACUUCAAAAUUAACUUGUGAAUUAUAAGAUAUAUAACAAAAUAUUUGACUUCAUUACAAAAUAAAAACUACGUGAUAGGCCAAAUCGUGAUCGAACUUUAUUUUCAUUGUCGAUGUAAACAAAAGAGGUGUGUUGUUAUAAUAAUGUAUUUGUUGCGGUGAAGGGGCGUGAAUGAGGUUCGUGCCGGACGGUCUCGCGAGGACUUUAAAACGAAAAUACUGGAGGAUGAGCGGCAUCAAUCGAGAUGCCCCUGUGGGCAUACAACUCAUUCAAAAACUCAGUAACUAUUGUUGCCCGCGACUUCAGAUCAACAGACUACGAUGGUACCAAGGUUCGGUUCUCGUGCUGACAUUCUUCACGUACAUGACGUACCACCUGACUCGGAAGCCAAUAUCGGUGGUGAAGAGCGUCCUGCACCAGAACUGCUCGGCGCUGGUGCCCCCGCCGGGGACAGAUCCCAGCGAUGAUCAGUGGUGUAAUUGGGCGCCGUUCAAUACGGCGGACGCGAACACGCUGCUGGGGACCCUGGAUUCCGCGUUCCUGUUCUCGUAUGCGGGCGCCAUGUUUGUGUCAGGUAUGGUAGCGGAGCGAGUGGACCUCCGUUACUUCCUGUCGUUCGGUAUGCUGACGUCCGCCAUAUUCUGCUACCUGUUCGGUAUCGGGAGGACUUACAACAUCCACAACAUCACCUACUACCUCCUAGUACAGGCUGGCGCCGGUAUCGCGCAGACGACGGGCUGGCCGGGCACCGUCGCUAUAGUGGGCAAGUGGUUCGGGAACAGCAAGAAAGGCCUCAUCUUCGGGAUAUGGAACUCUCACACCUCACUCGGGAACAUACUGGGUACAAUAAUGGCGGCGGAGUACGUGGACUCGGACUGGUCGCUGUCCUUCAUAUACCCGGGGCUGGUGAUGGGCGCUGUGGGCGGCGUGGUCUGGCUGUUCCUCGCGCCGGACCCUCGACACCUGGGGCUCGCCGCCGCCGUCAAUGGCAGGAAUUCUCCGUCGCGUCAGUCGACGCGAUCUGAUGAAGAGGAUGAAGGAGAGGAAGAUGACGAGUCUUCAGUCAUUGUUGGAGACCAGUCGGCGAGUCUCCGGCCGAACAGAUAUUCAGCCAAUGCAGCGCAAAGUCAGGAGGACGUGACGGAGCGCACGUCCCUGCUGCGCGCGCCGGCGGCGGACGGCGCGGUGUCCCUGGGCCGAGCACUCGCCAUCCCCGGGGUUGUCGAGUUCUCGCUCUCUCUGUUCUUCGCCAAGCUGGUCAGCUACACCUUCCUCUACUGGCUACCCUCAUACAUCCGGUAUACUCUACCGAACCUGUCAGCCCGGCAGUCGGGCGAGCUGAGCACAGUGUUCGACGUGGGCGGUGUCCUGGGCGCCAUACUGGCCGGCCUCGUCGCCGACUGCAGCGCCGCGCCCGCCCUCGUCUGUGUCUGCUUUUACUGUGUCUGCGCGCCCAUGUUGUUCCUAUACCAGUGGUGGGGAGGCACCUCGUACCUCAUGUCAGUAAUCCUGCUGGUGAUGACGGGCGCGCUGGUCAACGGUCCGUACGCACUAAUCACCACGGCUGUCAGCGCCGAGCUUGGCACGCACCAUUCGCUGGCAGGGAACAGUCACGCUCUAGCCACUGUUACAGCAAUCAUUGACGGGACGGGCAGUCUAGGCGCGGCGAUAGGUCCAAUGUUGGCUGGCGUGGUAUCGUCCCACUCGUGGACCCACGUCUUCUACAUGCUAAUAGCGUGCAACUUCAUGGCGCUCUUUCUGCUGCUCAGGAUAGCAUACACUGAAAUGCUGAAAAUCAAACAGGAGAGGCGCAUGGCGUCUCCGCCGCGAGUACGCGUCGAGUAAACGCACAAUAACCGCGCCGUAUACGCACCGUGACCGCACAGUAUACGCACAGUUACUGUGCCAUUCUAUAGGACUAAUUAAUAAAAUUCAAAUAUUAAAAAUAUCAACAAAAUCUUUGUCUAAUUUUUUUAAUUAUUUUUGAGCCUUUUUCACAAUUUAUAGCAGGAAAAACCAGUAUAAACUGACCUUUAUAUUCGUGAAAAGAUCAUAGGGAGAGAGACCAAGAUAUUCUGGUUUUAUAUAACUCGAUGUUCAGUCAUUUUAUGAGAUAAAUAACAUGAUUUGUAUGAGAUAUGUGUCAUAUAAGUUGUUGGCA